AUGACUGCUUUCGUAGUGCAAUACCUCCCGAGUUGGAUCCCCGGAAUGGGCUUUAAGACUCUGGCCAAGGUGUACAGAGAGCAAUUCUUACGCUUGUGCCAUGAACCGUACGCCUCUGUGAAGGAACAAGUUGCCAAAGGAACCGCCCCGCCUUUGCUGGCAGCGAGGCUGAUUGAGAAAAAUAGCGAUCCCACACCGGCAGAAGAAUGGUUCUAUGAUACUGCGGUAAUGCAGUUUUACGCAGCGGGGGCAGACACAACUGUCUCUGCCCUUGAAACGUUCUACCUAAUCAUGAGUUUGUAUCCAGAAUUCCAGAAGAAGGCACAGGCGGAAUUGGAUGGCGUUGUCCAGCCGGGCUGCCUGCUAGAGUUCAAUGAUCGAGCGAACCUGCCACACUUCGACGCAGUGCUGAAAGAGAUUUAUCGGUGGAAUCCUACAGUACCGAUCGCCAUACCCCAUCGGGUCACGCAAGACGAUGUCUACAACGGAUUCAUACUCCGGCUGGCGCUACGAUGA